AUGGCGUUCCAAGACCUGUGGUUGGGAUGCUCUGAUUCGAGAGUGCCGGAGACAACUAUACUCGGGCUCCAGCCCGGCGACGUCUUCGUCCACCGCAACAUCGCCAACAUCGUUGCGCCCACAGACAUCAACACCUCGGCCGUCAUCGAAUAUGCUGUCGCCCACCUCAAGGUUAAGCACGUUGUUCUUUGCGGCCACUCCGCCUGCGGUGGUGCCAAGGCGGCGCUGGGCGAUUCGCGCGUCGGAGGCGUCCUCGACACCUGGCUCACGCCCCUAAAAGCAGUCCGCGCUCAAAACGCCGAAGAGCUCGCUGGAAUCAAGAAUGAAGACCAUCGGGCCGUCAGGAUUGCCGAGAUGAACGUCGAGACUGGGGUCAAGGUUCUUAUGGCCAACUUUACCGUCCAGGAGGCCAUCAAGGAGCGCGGUCUCACAGUCCAUGGAUGUAUUUUUGAUAUCGCCAGCGGCCGUAUCCGAGACCUUGGGUUUGGUACCAAGAGCCCGAAGGGCCAUCGGAGCAGCAGCAUCAUUUCGAACGGCGAGGAGGAAGAGAUUGUUCGCGGAAAACAUGCCCAGCUUGUGUUCCGUGAUGGAGGAGAUGCGUCCAUGCUUGUCCACUGA